UAUAUAACCCGUUGCCAUUGUUUCCUUGCACCCCAUCACCGGCAACAACUUCAUUCCCCUCGACUCGACACCAUCGUCUCCCUCCCCUAGAUUGUUUCAUCAAUUGUUGCUAGUUGUAGGCUAUAGCUAGGUGGACCAUUUCACUCCAGCUACAGCACUGUCUUCUUUAUCUAUCCUCUAGUGAUCGCUGUGUGUGUGAGAUUCACCCAUCCACCAUCGACCAUGAGCAUCUCCGUGAACGGGCAUUCGGUGGUGCCGCCGGGGUUCCGGUUCCACCCCACGGAGGAGGAGCUGCUCACCUACUACCUCGCCAAGAAGGUGGCGUCCCAGCCCAUCGACCUCGACGUCAUCCCCGACGUCGACCUCAACAAGCUCGAGCCAUGGGACAUCCAAGAGCGCUGCCGGAUCGGCACAGGCCCGCAGAACGACUGGUACCUGUUCAGCCACAAGGACAAGAAAUACUCGACGGGGACGCGCACCAACCGCGCCACCGCCGCCGGGUUCUGGAAGGCCACCGGCCGGGACAAGGCCAUCUACUCUGCCGCCGGCUCCGGCCGCAUCGGCAUGCGCAAGACGCUCGUCUUCUACAAGGGCCGUGCCCCACAUGGCCACAAGUCUGACUGGAUCAUGCAUGAGUACCGCCUUGACGACGCCGUCGCCCCUGUGACCAACCCCGUCUUUGCUGCCGGCGACGCAAGUUCCUACUACUCCGGCAUCUCAUCCCCGGUUCACGGCGUGGCCAGGGACCAGUCGUCGUCGGCACAGGAGGACGGGUGGGUCAUCUGUCGGGUGUUCAAGAAGAAGAACAUCGUCGUGCAGCACCAAGCUGGUCAGAACCGCGGCGGUGGCGUAGCGUCCAACAAGCUGGUCGGCGCCGGUGCCAUGGAGCAUAGCCAGAGCAACUGCUCGUCGACGGUGACCGCGGCCAGCGAGAAGGCCAAGGAGCAGAUGCACCAGCAGCAGCACCUGCCGCACAGCGACGACGCGCUCGACCACAUCCUCAGCUACAUGGGCCGCUCAUCCAUAGCAUCGUGCAAGCAGGAGACCAAGCCCGCCAACCCGUCAUCGUCAGCGCUGGACCACUUGAUCAACAACGUGUGCCACAACGGCACCAGCACCCUGUACGACAAGUUCAUGAAGCUCCCACCGCUCGAGCAUGUCAUCCCCGGCGGGCUCCUGCCCCGGCCGUCCGAGUACAGCAGCGACUGGGAAGCUCUCGAGCGUCUCGCCGCCUACGAGCUCAACGGCCUCUCUAACCCCACACUGGACGAGACGACCAACGACAUGUCCUACAUCGCCGACGAGCUCGGUGGUGCCACCUCCUACUCCCGCGAUGGCACGCUACACAUUCCCUCUGUCACCGGGUCCGACGACGGCGACUUGUGGAGCCUGGCGCGGCCGGUGUCAUCGCUACACGUAGAAUUGACGAUGGCCUGGUUUAAGGCCAUCGGAUGCUGACACUGUCCUAGCCUAAAAUUGUGGUGGUUUUUUGCAAUUUACCUAUAAAUAACCUAAGAUAGAGGAGGUCAUACAAAAAAGUAGAAGUAGAUAAAUAACGUAAGAUGAUGGAGGCCCUAUA